ACCUGACUAAGGCAGCACUCAGGUGAGGUAGCUUUCCUGAGCUGGAGGCCACAUCAUUGUGGUGGAACUUCUUGGAGAUGCAAUUGUCAUUGACUCAACCAUGCUGCUUAGGGAUGAGCCUGUUGCUGCUGAUAUCAAGUCUGCUUCCUUGGGAACAUGUGAUCUCCACACCAGAUGACCAGAUGUUCAAUGAAGAGCUGUAUAACAAAUUGAUUUCCAUUUCUCAUCGCACUCAUAUAGUUGCCCGAAAAAUGUAUAAAAAUUUAGAUGUAAAGUUAUCCAAGGGAAGAUGGUUUAAAAACAGUGGAAACAACACCUGCCGCACUGCUUCCAUCCCUACUACAAAAAAAACUGAAGUCCUUCUGAAAGUGGUCAUCAAUGUUUCAAAUGCCUGGAAGUACCCACUGAAACUUCUGACACCUGCAGUGUUGACUCAUUUAGGGUCCUAUGAUGGUAUGCUGGCAAGAGCUGUAGAGGUUAAGUAUGGAUGUGAAGCAAUUCUGGAGGGAGCAAAAGUUUUGCUCAGCAGGGUUCAGCCUGGAAUUGAAGAAAAUAAUUACCCUGACUGGCCAGAACUAAAACAAUUGAGGUCUUCCAAUAAAGACACUCACCUUUCUGCAUUUCAUACACUCUUCUACUGCCUAUACAAGGAUAUACAAAAGGUUAACCGUUAUCUUAAGAUUCUGAGGCGCCGAGUCAUCAAAAAACAACAAAUGCUAAGUAUAAAGCCAUGACAUCUGCUGCUGAGAUGGUCCUUGAUGAAUGAACCACAUCUUCAGAGCUUUGAAAAGUUUAAUCUACUAGAUUUCUUUUUAUAAAAUAAAAUAUGAUUCCUUAGAAAUGUCAGUUUGGAAGAGAAUGUUUAUCAAUUUCUUGUGUCCAUGUAAUAUAAAAAAGAAUAUAGCAUUGCAUUGUUUCUUUGUAAUUUUUACAAAUGAUCAGGUUUUAGAAAGCAAGCAAGAUGGCUGACAAAUUACUUUAGAAUCAAAGUAAAGAUGAACAAGUUAUUUUUUAAAAUA